CACGUUGGCCACACAUGGGAUGGGUUUCCUCCUGCCAGCCGAGCUUCCUCAUUUGGCCAAGCUUCUUGUUUGAUUGGUGGAUCUCCUGAUGGAACCACCUUCAUAUGAGGAGGCCACUCUCCACCCUUCUGGUCUGGGCAACCCCUCAACACCUCCUCCCACCUAUGUAGAAGCAGUAACAACCCAGUCCGAUUCUUUUCCUGUACUGACUCUGCCAACUGCUGGGACGUCCCCUUCACAAAACACUGGACUCAUAACCUAUCAACUUACACAAAUUGGAGCUUCUGACGGAGGCAGACAAACCCAGCCAGCAGUAGUCGUGACGCAACCACAGCCUGUUCCCAUCUUAAUGACACAUCUGGGAGACAUCCCUGGUCUGGUAUGCUGCCCACACUGCAACAACGUUGUCACCUCUAAAGUCAACUACGUGCCUGGGUGGAUUGCCUGGUGCAUGUGUUUGCUUAUCAUACUGAUGGGGUUUAUCUGUGGUUGCUGUCUGAUUCCGUUUGCGAUGCGAAGUCUACACGAUGUACAUCAUUCCUGCCCACAGUGUGGAAAGCAUCUGCACACAUACAGAAGAUGACACUGUCAGGAUUGAUAAGGCUACCCUUGUCCCCAUACCACUCAUACCACUAUUUUUGUCACAACAUAGAUACAUUACCGUUGGUCAUAAGCACACAGGGAAGCAUGCAGGUAUUUAGGAGAUGAUAAGUGUGUGUAAUCUAAGGUAUUUACAGUACACUGAACAUAGAGAUGGACAGAGGAGUGGCUUCUGCCAUUUGAGAAGAUUUUAUACGAUGUUUUGUGGCUAACGAAACAUGGCAGAAUUUACAUCUGUCGGAAUUCUAACUCACCGCUGCUUUUCGACAACAUUCCCAUCUUAUAACCUACAGAGGGUGAGUUUAUGAUACUAAAAAUAUUUAACUAACUAACUAGAUUUUACUUUCUUUGAGAUUUAUGACAUUUUUUGUUUACAUUCUAAAGCAUAGCACAUGAGCUUUUUUUUAUACAUAUGGAAAAAAGUUGACGUUUGACCCUUUGUUAGAAUGUACUGUGGGAGUUUUAAUACUAAUCAAUGAAGAGAAAGAGAAUACUGAAUCCAUCCCUGCAUUUGAAUUUUACCAAAUGUGUGCAGGAUUCUUUACAACAUUAGAGAGCACAGACUAAACAGCGGACAUUUAUAAAGAACAAGAUAAUGUCCAGUCCAAGGACUUAAUUCAUGGUUUUUGUUUUGUUUUCCAUUCAGUUGUACAUACAAUUGUAUUUUCUAUAUUUAAAUACUAAAAUAACAAAAUCUG